GCAAUAUGGGCAUUGAGAGUGGCUCUACGAGGGGGAUUGCCGAAUUCAUAUAAAAAGGCUUUAAAUUUGUAUUACACGGACAAGAUUGUCAACUCAACUCAUACAUCUUGGGUUUUGUUCUCGCCCUUCAACUUUUCUUUAUCAGUCUUUGCAAUUUUGUUGUCACACUGGGAAGAAUACCAGUCGUUUACAGAACUCGCUUGAGCACAUCUUGGUGGCGAAGAUGAAGAUAACCAUUAAGACUUUGAAGGGAAACAUCUUCAGCAUCGACGUACAGCCCGCCGAUACUGUUAUUGCUGUUAAGAAACGCAUAGAGGAAACUCAAGGUAAAGAUGCCUAUCCAUGCGUACAACAACUAUUGAUACAUCAGGGUAAAGUGUUGAAAGAUGAUACAACAAUUGAGGAGAACAAGAUUACAGAAAAUGGUUUCCUUGUUGUUAUGCUAACUAAGACGAAGUCCACAGGAGCAGGAGCCACCUCAUCAGCAGCAGGUGCCACAUCAACUCAGCCUUCGUCUGCAACCACACAGACAGAUCCUACACCUAGUCCAGCAGUACCUGCAUCACCACCCAGACUUCAGCCUGCAGCUGUGACACCUUCAACUGUGGCGUCUGCAGCCACUACUGCACAAGAAAAUGCAGAUAACUACGGUGAUGCAGCAUCAAAUCUUGUUUCCGGAAAUAACCUUGAACAGACUAUCCAGCACAUUCUGGAUAUGGGUGGGGGUAGCUGGGACAGGGAGACAGUCAUUCGUGCACUUCGAGCAGCUUUUAACAAUCCCGAACGAGCUGUAGAAUAUUUAUAUUCUGGUAUCCCUGAGGCGGCUGAAGUGCCUGUACCUGUUGCACGGCAACCAUCUUCAAAUCCACUACCAACUGGACAAGUUCCAACAACUGCACCAUCACAAGCUGCACCUCCCUCAGGAGGGCCAAAUGCUGCUCCACUAAAUCUUUUUCCACAGGGUCUGCCAAGCAUGGGUGCUGGAGCUGGAGCUGAAGGUGGGGCAUUGGACUUUCUUCGUAAUAACCAACAGUUUCAAGCCCUUCGCACAAUGGUCCAAGCCAAUCCCCAAAUUUUACAGCCAAUGCUUCAAGAACUUAGCAAACAGAAUCCCCAGCUAAUGAGGCUUAUACAAGACCACCAGGCUGAUUUUCUUCGACUUAUCAAUGAACCCGUUGAAGGUGCUGAAGGAGAUUUACUUGGUCAGCUUGGGGGUGCAAUACCUCAUUCCAUUAAUGUCACGCCAGAAGAGAGAGAGGCUAUUGAAAGACUGGAAGCAAUGGGUUUUGAGCGUGCCCUUGUUAUAGAAGCAUUCUUGGCAUGCGACAAGAAUGAGCAAUUGGCAGCAAACUAUCUACUGGAGCAUGCUGGAGAUUAUGAUGAUUGAUUCUGAACUAAAUAAUCUCAUUCUCUGAAUUGUGUUUUGAAAUGUCUUAUAAGGAUAUUCUUAUAAUCUUUGUGUUGUAUGUCUAAAUAAUCCAGUUUUUAUUUUUCCCAUGGUGAGCAGAGCUUCAUAGUUUUUUAGGUAUAUUUGGUACACAUCUAUCUCUUUGUAAUUCAAACAGUGAGCUGGUGUUUAUAAUUUCUGGGAUGUUUUUUCCCACACCUUUUUCUACAUAGAUCAUUGUCUAGUCAGUAACUGUUAGAGGUGAACAACUUUUACACAAGGUUCUUUUUUUAGGGAUUGAUAUUUGAGAUAAUAAUCGGUCUAAUAACUGUGCUAUGCGACAAUGAUAUUGUAAAGUAGGCAAUAUAUUGUUACUUGAUUGUUUCAAGGUUACAAA